AUGGGCAUUUUGAAAUCUGGUUCAAGAAAUUUAGUUGCUGUCAAGAAGCUAAACAAGUUGUCUUCAGAAGGCGAAAGAGAAUUCAAAUCUGAGGUUGAUGCAAUUGGGAAGACCCAUCACAAGAACCUUGCUCAGCUUCUUGGGUACUGUCAUGAGGGGCCUCAUAGGCUUUUAGUAUACGAGUUCAUGAGCAAUGGCAGUUUAGCAACCUUUCUAUUUGGCUCUCCAAGGCCUAAUUGGACUGAAAGGAGAGGUGUGGAAAUGGAGUUUGGGGAAGAAGAAAGAGCAAUACUAACAGAUUGGGUUUGUACUUGUUAUAUGGAAGGAAGAUUAGAUUGUUUGACGGAGAAUGAGGAUUUGGGUUUGUGUGAUAUUUCCGUAUUGCAAAGAUGGUUGAUGACUGCAAUUUGGUGUAUUCAAGAAGAUCCUUCGAAAAGGCCUAUAAUGAAGACUGUGAUACAAAUGCUUGAAGGAUAUGUUGCAGUUCCUCUUCCUCCUUUCGCUUCUUCUUCUUUCUCUUUAGCUUGUUGA